UCCGGAUGCUCACAUGACGGGCGCUGUAUGGUCCCGGGAGUCAGGGAGGGCGAGAGCCGGUUACCGGGUACAUGGACCCGCGGGAGGUGAAGGACCGGAUCCUGGAGAACAUCUCCCUCUCCGUGAAAAAGCUACAGAGUUACUUUGCUGCCUGUGAAGAUGAGACCCCAGCAAUCCGAAACCAUGACCGGGUGCUGCAGAGACUGUGCGAGCAUCUCGACCAUGCAUUGUUGUACGGAUUGCAGGAUAUCUCCUCCGGGUACUGGGUACUCGUCGUUCAUUUCACUCGUAGGGAAGCUGUCAAACAAAUCGAGCAACAGCAACAUGUAGCUACUCACCUUGGCCGCAGCCGGGCCUGGUUAUACUUGGCGCUGAACGAGAAUUCUUUAGAGAGUUACCUGCGGUUAUUCCAUGAGAAUCAAAGUCUCCUGGAGAAAUAUUACUACAAGAAUGCCCUAGUCUGCAGCCAUGACCAUCUCGCCCUCUUCCUCACACUGGUCUCAGGACUGGAAUUUAUAAGAUUUGACCUGGAGCUGGACGUGCCAUACCUGGAUCUCGCCCCUUACAUGCCCGAUUACUACAAACCGCAUUAUCUCCUGGAUUUUGAGGAUCGGCUGCCCAGCUCCAUGCUUGGUUCAGACAGCCUGUCACUCAACUCAUUCAACUCUAUUAAUUCUGCCAACUUGGAGUGGGAUGACAGCGCCAUUGCUCCGUCCAGUGAGGGUAUGGAAGAACGCUAUUAUGAUUUUGGAGAUGCUUAUUCUGCAGUGCCGUCCAUACCCAUCACAGAUUGGGAAGACCGGGACCUUCACGAUGGGGUCAGCUUCUCCUGUCGGGAAGUUGGUGUGCACAAUGAUCUGAGAUCACAUGGAAAGCAGUUAAAACAUCGGUACAAUCCGUUUACACAAGAUCUAUCAUCUUCUGAUGUCACCCCAGGGCCUGGAACUACAGAAGACACGCCGGAUACCAGUGAGCCCAUUACACAGGGUUCUGAGAUUGAUGUGACUUCCUUGGAAACAACAUUAUCCUACAGCCAGCCACUGAGGACUGCAGAGCCUACAUCAGACAGCACCGAUCUCAGCAUGCAGGAAGGGGGAGAUGGACAAUCUACUUCAGAGUCGACACCGGUACACGGCACUGAUGGGAGGAAAGAAGUCUCUUUGACUUACACCAUGUACACCGACAACAGCUCAGAUCUGGAAGUGAUCAGGCUGGUAAAGAAGAAGCGAGGUGGUAAGCGUAGAAGGGGUCGUUCGGAAGAAGGAAGCCAGCGUUCCCUGCUUAGUACCUCUGAGCCUGAGGAUCCCGAUGCAGAACAGGAAAAAUCACCAAUUGCUUGCAAUGGGAAUGCCGAGGAGAAGCCAAGUGACCUUUCAGAGCCCGCACUUAGGCUGGCCAAAAUGCAGGACACCUCCAUGGAACGUGUUGGACAACCUCUCAGUGAGGUUAUAGACAAACUGAAUGGUCAGUUGGACCCUCACAGCUGGAGCACCCAUCCUGAAACACCAGAUCAGUCCUUUCGGACCUGCUCUCCGGGGCAGACACCCGGUGGCCUCCAAAGCCAAGACAUUAGCCAGGGUAUGCAAGACCCCAUGGACUUCUACUACUUUACCCCAGAGAGUCCAGACACUGCUACAACAGGUGGUGGCUACAAUGACUCUUCAAGCCAGGGCCAACCAGCACAUGUUUUUAGUGGCUCUAAAGAUGCUGGACAAGGGGAAGAAGGAAGAAAGGGGCAGGCAGAGGUUGAAGGAUCCAUAGAGAACUUACCAGAAGAGACACUCCUGGAAAACUCUGUAGGGAAGAGCAGCCCAGAACUUAGUAUCGCAGAAGACUCUGGCGUUGAAGAGGGCCAGGGAAGCCCUUCUGAUUCUCCACACCCCUGCGAGUUCAGAGUGGAUAAUAAUCUUCUUCUUUUGCUAAUGAUUCAUGUCUUCCGUGAAAAUGAAGAGCAGCUCUUCAAGAUGUUUCGGAUGAGUACGGGCCACAUGGAAGGAGACAUGCAGAUGGUUUAUGUGUUACUGACAGACUGUUACAUCUACUUAUUGAGAAAAGGUGCUGCAGAUAAGCCAUACAUGGUGGAAGAUGCCAUAUCGUACAAUGAGCUUGACUACAUCUCUGUCGGUUUGGAUCAUCAGACGAUAACCUUCGUGUGCACUAACAGGCGUCGUCAGUUCAUGGUGGACACAGCUGAUACAAAUCUAACAGAAGUAUUCAUUGGUGCGUUAGGAUCUGCCAUGGUUAAUGGUUGCCGUGAGCCGCCUUACCCCGAGGUACUACGUGAUGCCACUAUGGAGAGAUUGGCUUUGUCGAAGUUUGUAUCACAGGAGUCAAAGCAAGAGGCAUCCCAGGUGGUCAUGUUGUACUAUGGGCUGGUGCACUGGGAAGACCCUUUUGACGACUCCCUUGGAUCUGGAGACUCUCACUUUAGAGAUCAGCCAGUGUCUAAAGAAGGAGUCCUGUACUAUAAAGCCAGCACCUCCUAUUUAGGCAGGGAAACAUGGAAGACAUGUUUUGUGGUCCUUAGUAAUGGCAUCUUGUAUCAGUAUCUGGAUAGGACGGAUCGCAUACCUGUGCAGUCUGUAAACUUGGGGGGGGAGCAGUGUGGUGGUUGCCGGCGUGCUAACUCAACAGAAAGACCCCACUCUUUUCAAAUAAUCCUCAGCGACAAACCAUCUCUUGAGUUAAGUGCUGCUAACGAAGAGGAGAUGGCAGACUGGAUGCUGCAUUUGUGCCAAGCUGUGUCUAAAGGGGUUAUACCCCCAGGUAUUGUACCCUCUCCUUGUCUUCCAUGCUGUGUGGUGCUCACCCAGGACAAACUCAUUACCUGUCACCAGGAUUGCCAGACCAGCUUCUUCAGAGCUCUAGGCAUUACAGAACUGCAAGAUGUUUCAUCCCUGAGCACAGAAGAUCAGAAGGAGUACUGUAUUGUGGAGUUCACUUUAGAUCAUGGUCCUUCCCCGCCACCUUGGGUCCUGUACUUCAGCUGCAGACAAGAGCUGGAGAGGUUUAGAUCUGCUCUGAGAUCUGCCUGGAAGGAGAUAUACCAGGUUGACCUUCCCCAAAGACAUAUACCUGAAGAUGCCCAAAAAAAGUGUGAGGAUGCGCUGGCACUUAUCCAUAGCUCCUGGCAACGCAGUGACAGCCUGUGCCGAGGACGUUCAUCGCGGGAACCAUGGUGCUGAUUUUUAACACAGAGGACAAGUCUCUAAAGCACAAACUAUUCCCUGGCCCUCCCCGGCUAGUUCUGGCCCCGGAGUCACUUGGAUUGAGAUGUUUACAUUAUGUUCAUCCAUUGUGUUUUGCACAGUCAUGAUGCGGGAAGGAUUAGUUUCCUUGCCUGCAGCAUAGGAAGAACCCGGGGACAUUCUAGUCGUACCCUGCAGUGGUAGUGUCCUACAGAUAUAUAUGGAGACCUGUGUAUAACUAUACAUAUAUAAAUAAGCCUAGGUGUGUGUAUAUAUCUAUAUAUAUAUAUAUAUAUAUAUAUGCUGAAAACAUGCUGCUUUUAACCUGUAAUAUAGGUAGCUGAGAGGAUGCCCCUUGUCCAGUGAUAACAUCCUCUUGUUUCAGGUCUGAUGAGGCAGUGCAUGUUCUGUAUGCUAUAGCAAUGCUGGGUAUGACCAAGUAAGUGUCAAGCCUCUGCUUUUUGUAAAGCCUAAUUCUAACCAGAUAAUCAUGGUAACAGAUGUAACAUGUCAAGACUGCCACCUCAAUCUUGUGUUACCCAGGGGGACAGAGCCUUGUAGUCAAUAGCACUGGUCCCCGGGCAGUAUUAGGAUAUUUUCUGUGUGUUUGUCAAUGUCUGUAAACCAAGUAGAAG